AUGCCCUUCACUUCCUCCUCCUCUCCCACCGUCCCCCUACCGUUCGACGACAUCGACGAGCUCAUCUACCUGACCCGCGCGAACGAACUCGCCGACCUCACAUCCGCAAUCGACACCCUGAGCACGACGCACGCGUGCUCCCCACGUACGAUCCUCGCCUCCGCAAUCGACAUGGACGCCGAUGGUCUGGGCUCGCAAUCCAGCCUCCUGCACUACGCGGCUGGGAAUGGGCAUCUCGGGACAAUGAAAUAUUUUCUUUCUUUACUCGAUCAUGGUGAGGCCACGCGGGACGAGACUCUGACUCAGAAGUCGAAUGGGGAGUCCACCUCGACCUCGGCUUCACAGCCGCGUGAUAAUGAUGCGCCCGCGUCCACGUCUUCGACGCAGACGCACACACAGACACGCCGGCUUCUCAACCAUCAAAAUGUCAGCGGAAACACGCCCCUCCACUGGGCGGCCAUGAAUGGGCACCUCGACGUGGUAAUCGCGCUGGUGCGUGCGGGUGCGGACGCGCGCGUCAGGAAUGCCGCGGGGCGGGACUGCAUCGUCGAGGCGGAGGUGAGUGCAUUGAAUAAUGGGCGAAGUGAGGUGCAGGCUCAGAUCGGGGAGUGUGUGGUUUGGAUGUUGAAGAAUUGUGAGGGCGUGGAGGAGGGGGUUGGGGUUGGGAAGAACGAAGUGGAGGAAGAAGAGAGUGGACAGAGGAAUGAUAUGAGUACGAGUGCGGCGAAUGGGGAAGGUACGAGUAGUGGAAACGACGACGGGACGACAAAAGUGCUGGACACGUGA